ACAUAAUAGUUGUUAAUCUGAGUUCAUCAACGCUCCAGCAGCCAUGCGCACAGCAAAGCUUGAACUGUAUUGAUAUAAAUUCCCAACGAUAACCAAAAUUUGCUUUGAAGUCAUUCUCAUCUGAACGCUUCCAAACUCUACCGCCAAAUCACUCUCUCAACGCCCACAGUUUUAGCGGUUACUCAGCUCUUCCAUCUUCUCCUCUAUCCUCUCUUCCAGUUCUCAAAUGCUGAAUCACUGACUUGCCUCUUCUUACCCAAUAAAAGAAGCCACAAUGUCUUCCAGGCGCCACUCCCUCGGCGGACCGCCGCCGCACACUGCCGCCGAGUCGGCUCAGAACCUCCGACAGCGAGUCAUCACGUGCCUCAACAAACUCUCCGACCGCGACACACUCGCCGGCGCAGCCGCAGAACUUGAGUCCAUCGCCCGAACCCUAAGCCAUGACUCAUUCUCCUCUUUCCUCUCCUGCAUUCACAACACGGAUUCUUCUUCCAAAUCUCCUGUUCGCAAACAAUGCGUUCAUCUCUUAAACAUUCUCUCGCGCUUCCACGGGGAAGCUCUCUCCUCGUUUCUUCCGAAGAUGCUUGCAACUGUGCUCCGUCGCCUCCGUGACACCGACUCCGCCGUGCGAUCCGCAUGUGUGGACGCAGUCGCGGAGAUGUCGACGAGGAUCACGCGGCCGCCGUUCGCCACCGCGUUCCUGCGGCCGCUCAUGGACGCGCUGGUGCAGGAACAGGAUGUCAACACGCAGAUCGGCGCCGCGCUGUGCCUCGCGGCGGCUGUCGAGGCGGCGCCGGACCCCGACGCGGAGGCGCUCCGGCGGAGCGCGCUGCCGCGGCUGGGGAAGCUAGUGAAGAGCGACGUGUGCAGAGCGCGGGCGGCGCUGCUAGUGCUGAUCGGAAGCGUGGUCGCCGUCGGCGGUGCGUCGAGCCGUGGUGCGGUGAGCUGGCUCGUGCCGUGCCUGGUCGAGUUCCUUGGUAGUGAGGACUGGACGGUGAGGAAAGCCGCGGCCGAGGCACUGUUGAAGGUGGCUUCCGUAGAGAAAGACUUGGCCUCGCAGCACAAGGUUUUGUGUUUAGAUUCGUUGCAGAAUAGGAGGUUUGAUAAGAUCAAAGUAGUUCGAGAAACUAUGAAUCGUGCUUUGGAGACGUGGAGGGAGGUAACUGACGAUGCUCCCGCGAUGGUGAAGUCUGAAUGUAAUUCCGUCUGUGGCUCAGAUUAUGGCAAAGGUCAGCGUGUCACUAAAAGUUCACCCAGUGUUGGCUCUAAGUCUUCUAAAACAAUCCCUGCCAACAGGUCUCCUCCAUCUGGGGUUUCAUUCAUGUCCUCCGCAAAAGGAGAAAAUUUUCUAAAUAGUAAUGAGAAGAAUUCAAAAAUGGCAACAUUGCACAAGCAUGAUGAUGAGAAAUCCUCAGUUGAGAAACUUGAAGGUCUGUUUUCGAGGUCCUCCCACUCAAAUAUGUCUAAGGAAGAUGCUAUUAAAAGGUGCGAUGUAGAACAUUCUAGCCCAACCCCGUAUCAAAAUGGAGCAAAUUCAAGGGCAGAGAUAAAGCGUGUUCUCUUUAGCAAGAUGUCUGAUGAAAAAGUGAAGAGAUUCAGUGGUUCAAAAUCUCGUGUGGUUCCAUGUUACGAUGACACAAAUGUUGUAGACAAUAGUGCAAAUGAUGUUUGUGACAAUCCACAAGAUGUUGAGGAUUUUUCUUUGAUUCGGGAACAACUUAUUCAAAUUGAAAACCAGCAAUCAAAUCUAUUAGACACCCUUCAGAGAUUUAUUGGAAGCUCCCAAAGUGGUAUGAAUUCUUUGGAGUCACGAGUACAUGGUCUAGAGAUGGCCCUGGAUGAAAUUUCAUAUGAUUUGGCAGUUUCAAGCGGGAGGUUUUCCUAUACUGAUGUCACAGAUGACACCUGUUGCAAGCUACCUGGUACUGACUUUUUGAGUUCUAAAUUUUGGAAGAAAACAGAAGGUCGGUAUACCACAUCAAAGUUCUCUUUAGGAAACAUAGCAUCAACAAAUGGUGUGCAUAAUGGAACAGCCAAUAAAGAUGGAGGUAAAGAAAUAUUAACUCCAAAUAACAGUAGAUUGCAACAUGGUAAGGGUGAAUAUUUUGUGAACCAAUUGGCUGAAGUUCAAAGCAAUUUUAAAGGGCUUCAUACAUAUAAAAUGUCUACAAACAGGGUCCAAGAUGCCAUGAGAGCACAAACUGAUAAUGCCAGCAGAUAUGGUGGCAUUCACCCAGCUACUGAAGCACCGAGAAACCAUAAUGUCAGGUCAUCUGUAUAGAGAACACAAGAUGAACUCCCGAAAGUCAAUCUUGUUCUUGCUUGUUGGUUCAGGUUGCAGUGCAAGAGAGUUGUUUACUUUUAUAGCGAUGAUUAGAUAAUUAUUAUUUAGAUAGAGAUGACUAUUUUCUCCAAAGUUAUCCCUAUAGAGGCUGACUCAGCAGCAUGUGGAUUCGGAUGUAAUAUAAGAGCAGGAGUAUUAGUAGUGUGUAGUUUAAACGAAGAAAUCUGAUCUUGGUAUCUAUCAGAAAAAACUGUAGGCCUUUGGCAUCCUCAUUAGAAACAGGAUAUAAGAAUGAUGUGCUCUUCAAAA